AAAGCAGGAGGGCCAACGGUUUCCAUGGUCGCAAUUGAAGAAGCUUCGAGCUGUAGACACUGCUCUCCUUAUUUAGUCACAGCCCUUAUCUCCUUUCUUUUUCACACACAUCACGAAGCGAUCCAUAUUCACUUCAUAUUUGCUUCUCUCUCCAUAUUGGGGUGUGUGUGUGAUGAUUUUGUAUGCAAUGUGUAGAAACUAAGAAAUCAACUGGUGAUCGAUGGAUCAUUCUGAUGAUGAUGAUUAUAGCAUUCAAGGAGGAGAAGGAGGGGAUGUAGAGAGUGGCGGAAGAGGAAGGGGUGGUUUCAUGGAAAGAAGAGAGAGUGGCAUGUCCUCGUUUUCGGAGUCUGCGAGAGAGCCGCUGUUGCAUCUCAAGAGCAGAGUCAACACCACUUCUCAGAUUGCCAUUGUUGGCUCCAAGGUUUAUCCCAUCGAAAGCCUAGAUUACGAGAUUUUUGAAAACGAACUCAUUAAGCAGGACUGGAGAUCUAGGAAAAGGGUUGAAAUUUUUCAGUACAUUUUUCUCAAAUGGACACUUGCUCUCUGCAUUGGAUUAUUCACAGGUCUUGUUGGAUUUUUCAAUAACAUCGCGGUUGAAAACAUUGCUGGUUUCAAGCUUCUGCUCACUAGCAAUUUGAUGCUUAAUGCUAAGUACUUUCAGGCAUUUGCAGCGUAUGCUGGUAUUAAUGUGAUACUGGCAUUUUCUGCUGCAGCACUAUGUGCAUUUAUUGCCCCUGCAGCAGCUGGGUCUGGCAUACCUGAGGUGAAAGCAUAUCUUAAUGGUGUAGAUGCUCAUUCCAUUUUGGCCCCGAGUACCUUAUUUGUCAAGAUUUUUGGUUCUAUUUUUGGAGUUUCUGCUGGAUUUGUUGUUGGUAAGGAAGGACCAAUGGUGCAUACUGGUGCAUGUAUAGCAAACUUACUAGGACAGGGAGGCUCUCGCAAGUAUCAUUUGACUUGGAAAUGGCUCAGAUAUUUUAAAAAUGAUCGAGAUAGAAGGGAUUUGAUUACUUGUGGGGCUGCUGCUGGUGUGGCUGCUGCUUUCCGUGCCCCAGUUGGGGGUGUUCUUUUUGCUCUUGAAGAAGCAGCUUCAUGGUGGCGGAGUGCUCUUCUUUGGAGGACUUUCUUCACAACUGCUGUUGUAGCUGUGGUAUUAAGAUCUUUCAUUCAAUUUUGCCGCAGUGGUAAUUGUGGACUGUUCGGACAAGGAGGUCUAAUCAUGUUUGAUGUGAAUUCAGCAAUCCCUGCUUAUAACACUGUAGAUCUGCUUGCCGUUUUACUGAUUGGGGUUCUUGGAGGCCUUUUUGGCUGCCUUUACAAUUAUCUUGUGGACAAGGUCCUGAGAACAUAUAGCAUCAUCAACGAGAGAGGGCCUGCUUUCAAGAUCCUGCUUGUCAUCACUAUUUCCCUUCUUACAUCUUGUUGUGCCUUUGGCCUUCCUUGGUUAGUACAGUGCACACCAUGCCCAAGUGGCUUCGAGAACGAGUGUCCUACAAUUGGUCGCUCUGGCAACUACAAAAACUUCCAAUGUCAGCCAGGUCACUACAAUGAUCUUGCCUCCCUUUUCUUUAACACAAAUGAUGAUGCCAUUCGCAAUCUAUUCAGUCCUAGACACAGAAAACAAUUUCAAAUUUCUACACUAUUAAUUUUUUUUGUUGGAACCUACUUCCUUGGUGUUAUUACUUAUGGAAUUGCUAUCCCAUCUGGGCUCUUCAUUCCUGUUAUACUUGCUGGAUCAUCAUAUGGGCGCCUUGUUGGAAGACUCGUUGGCCCUAUUUCCAAUCUUGAUGUUGGUCUCUUUGCCCUUCUUGGAGCUGCUUCGUUUCUUGGUGGCACCAUGAGAAUGACAGUGUCGCUUUGUGUCAUACUCCUGGAACUUACUAAUGACCUAUUAAUGCUUCCCCUGGUGAUGCUUGUUCUUCUUAUUUCAAAAACUGUGGCCGACAGUUUCAAUAAAGGUGUGUAUGACCAAAUAGUGGAGAUGAAGGGUUUGCCUUACAUGGAAGCCCAUGCCAAAGCAUACAUGAGAAAUCUGACUGCAGGCGAUGUUUGUUCUGGUCCCUUGAUUACAUUUUCAGGCGUUCAGAAAGUGGGAGAUAUAUUACAUGCUUUACGGAUGACUCGACAUAAUGGUUUUCCAGUAAUCGAUGAGCCCCCAUUCUCAGAGGCACCAGAACUGUGUGGCCUAGUUUUGAGGUCUCAUUUGCUUGUUUUGCUCAAGGGGAAAAAAUUCACCAAGAACAGGGUGUUGUCUGGAUCAGAACUUUUAAGGUUUUUUCAUGCAUUCGACUUUGCUAAGCCUGGAUCAGGAAAGGGGCUUAAGGUGGAGGACUUGGAUCUAAGCGUAGAGGAAAUGGAGAUGUAUGUUGAUCUCCAUCCAAUUACAAACACCUCGCCAUACAUGGUGGUGGAGACCAUGUCUCUUGCCAAAGCUGCUGUCCUUUUUCGAGAACUUGGCCUCAGACACUUGUGUGUCGUCCCAAAAACACCUGGGCGGCCUCCCAUUGUUGGAAUCUUGACAAGACACGACUUUAUGCCGGAGCAUAUAUUGGGACUCUAUCCAGAGUUCAUCCGCCACAAGGGGCCAGCCUAAUCAGACUGGCUGGAUGCCAAAAUCAUUAGGGGCUUACAAUGAUUGUGUACAAGAGACUGCUGACUGCCUGAAGACGAAGCCACUCUUGUCUUCUCUACUGGUUGUCGACAAUUGCUUCCUGGCUGGCCUGCAAGAUUCGAGUGUCCGGUUCCAACAUGUAUGUAUACCUGCAAUUUAUUCGGAAUAUAGCCAUUUCAUAUUGGAGUCAACAUAAUAAUGGAUGUCCAUUCAUAUGGACUUUGUUUGAACUUUCACAGGGUCCAUUGCCCCAUGGAUAAAGUCAACUGGAAUCAACGUUACAAAAUUUUAACGUUUGUAUCAAUUAUCAAUAUUGCGAGAAUUAAGCUUUGUUACCGUCAUCAGUUAUAAGAUGCAUAAAUUCCCACAUUCUUGUUC